AUGUGGCCAUUGAUAUCAUCUUCAUUGCUUCUGCUGGGACAGAUCCCACGAGUAUCAUCGUCUCCUAGUCAGUUCCGACCGGUAGAACGCUCCUCUAUAGAUACUGCCGAUGCCACGGGGUUCCAAGAGGUGCUUCAGGUAUAUCAACCGGUAUCAACUACCUCUCAUGGAACCACUGGCUGUGAUGUCGAUGUGCUGUUGAUGGACUACGAAUUUGCCGAAAGCUAUGGAGUCCCAUAUGUUGGAAGCUAUAUACCCCCAAGCUGUCGAUUUGAUACCGUCCAUAUAAACAUGACGGUCACUUCUCGUGGUGUUCAGUACGACCGUUUAGGCCUCAUGUACCUGGGAGACGUCGAGGUUUUCCGCACCUCAACCGCCGAGCCAACGUCAACUGGCGUUGUGUGGUCUUAUAUUAAAGAAAUGUCUCAGUAUAAUGUUCUGUGGCACGAACAACAGACGCUUAUCUUUGACCUGGGGAACAUUAUCACGGAUGUUUAUACUGGACCAUACAAUGUGACUUUGACAGCACAUUUCUCAUACGAAAACAAUGCAAGAACCGCCGACAUUAUUCUUCCACUGUCGGCUAGGAAAGCAUCUUCCAAUUCAUCUAGCGCCUUCACCGUGCCAGCUGAUAACACAACCGUCUCAUACACAAUUCCAGAUGCUGCAUCGCGUGCUGUUGUUUCAAUCUCUGCAUGUGGGCAGUCCGAGGAAGAAUUCUGGUGGUCUAAUGUCUUCACCGAGGAUUCAGAGGACUUUGAAGAUACCGUGGGAGAAGAAUAUGGAUACUCUCCUUUCCGAGAGAUCCAACUCUACAUCGACGGGAUCCUUGCCGGUGUUGUCUGGCCUUUCCCCAUCAUCUUCACUGGCGGUGUGGCACCUGGUUUUUGGCAUCCUAUCGUCGGCAUUGAUGCUUUCGAUCUUCGGCAGUCAGAAAUUGACAUCUCGCCAUUUUUGCCGCUGGUUCAAGAUGGCCAAGAGCAUGCAUUUGAGAUCAGAGUCACCGGUCUGAAUGUUUCCAGUGACGGCACUGCUAUUCUCGCCAAUACCGUAAACUCAUACUGGGUGGUUACCGGAAACAUUUUCCUCUAUACCGAUAGCGAUGAUAAAAGCACAUCUGCUGUGACCACUAGAGAAGCGAGCCAAGCCACCGCCCCAGUCGUGGAAGCACCCGAGCCAAAGUUUACUAUCACUCGAGACCUUGUACAAAACGAGAGCUUGUCAUACUCAGUGGUAGCUGAGAGGACAUUCAAGUCCACUUCCUCCAAGUAUGCCUGGUCACAGACACUCUCGUUCUAUAACUAUGGGUACCUCAACCAAGCCGGGUAUAGCCAGGUGAACAAGCAGCUCACGUCAGGUAAAAAUACCAUUGCUAAACUUGGCGAGAACUCAAGCUCCAAUGAGACAACCUUCAGCUAUCCUUUGCUGGUCAAUGCAACCUACGGUCUGACAUCUGACUCUGAGACCAUUGAGUCUUGGAUGGAGCGAGGUCUUGAAAUCGAGUCCACUGGCGGUCCAGGCAUAUCUACAUUUACCAUGAACUCUGGGCCUUUUAAGCUUUCCACAACUCAGUCUGGGAAAGCAUACUAUGGAGCCGUCUCCGGAGAAAACACAACUUCCACAGGCACUACACUGGAUGAUUUUCAAAGUACAGCAAAUGGAGUAGAAUACUCAAGGACUGUCAAGGCCAGUGGAGGUAGUGUGGUUUCUGACAGCCAAUCUGAUAGUCAAGAGAAAACAUCAUCUCAUAGCACUGGUACUAUUGGAAGAGGCAGUGUGAGAAGUAUGCUAGGUAGAGGGCCAGGCAGUCUUGUGUCCUACUAG